GUUGCCACCCGCAGGUUGGAGUACACAACGCACACAGUGAAAGAAAAUCUAAGAAAGAAAGAAAACAAAACUGGAAAAGGAGUAUCAGAGAUGUUAAGUAAUGUAAUCAGUAUCUGAUUGGGGGAAAGUGUCUGAUAGACCUAGCUAUCCUAACUGGAAUACAGAAGGAGGGGAAGCUAUUCAGUUUGACCGCAGCGCUUGUAAUCUAAAGAAUCCGGAACGUGCCCAUACAUUUCCCAGACUGCAGCAGUAACAACAGGAAGUGUACAGCUUGGCUAAGGAGUUUCUCGCUAAGGUAAAUCUACGAGUAUUGGUUCGUUUUAUGUGUAAUUUCACUUUUCUUCUUACAGUGUACUUUUUCAAACAGAGAUGACGUGUUCAUUAGAAAAUGUAUUAUCAGACGCCAAGUCGCUGGUGGAAAGACUUCGCAACCAUGACAAUGCAGCGGAGGUACUUAUCGAACAGACAACGUCCCUUAACAAGAGGGUGGAGGCGAUGAAACAGUAUCAGGAGGAGAUUGAAUCGCUGAACCAGGUGGCCCGGCAUCGGCCCCGUUCCAGCCUCGUCAUGGGCAUUCAGCAGGAAAACCGGCAGAUCCGUGACCUACAGCAGGAAAACAAAGAGUUGAGAACCUCCCUGGAGGAACACCAGUCGGCCAUAGAGCUCAUCAUGACUAAAUACAGGGAGCAGGUCUUCAGACUCCUCAUGGCCAGUAAGAAGGAUGACCCAGCCAUCGUCAACCAAUUAAAGGAGCAGCACACCACUGUGAGUGACCCACCCUCUUCUUGUGUCACAUCAUACUCAGGAGCUACCCUUUCUUCUUGUAUCGAGGAAGUUCAAAGCAAAUAUUUAUAUUGUUUCUAUUCUAUGACUCUGCAGGAAAUGCAAGCGCACAUAGACAAGAUCAACGAGAUGGCUACGGUGAUGAGGAAGGCCAUCGAAGUGGAUGAGGGGAGGUUGUGUGAAGACGAGGAGAGGAUUAAGCAACUAGAGCUGGAGAACAGUGGUCUUCGUGAGCUGCUAGGGAUCAGUCGAGAGGCCUUCCUAGUUCUGACGAGAGAGGAGGCCUCGGAUAGCACAUCCCUGUCUGCACUGUUGACCAGCGCUGACAUCAGCCUCCGGAAGAGUUAGGCCCACACCAGCACUAGCUUGGAGAGAGUGUGUGUAUAUAUGCGCCCCCACCUUGUACAGACCAUACCCCCCAAUCCCCUACAGCCACACAGACUCCCAGAGGGCACUCGACAACGAACGAUGCCACAGGUCAUACUGCCGCCCACCUGUCAUGCUACAAUGGAGGUAUACAGCAGGAAGCCUCUGAGACAAAUGGGAAAAUCCUCCAUCAGUUUAGUCUGUCAUGCAUUUUUAAUCUUGGCACACAUUGUGCUAUCUGAUGAGCCUGUGGGGUUUUAAAGUGUGAAUGAAUGAAAGUGCUGCUCUUGAAUGACAAUAAAACACUUGAAAGAAACAUGUUAAA